AGCAGAUGCAAUGGCCAUAAAACAAGGGUAACGAAGUGAACACACUCAGCAAAAUCUCACUCCAGAAUUGUUCCAUCUGUCUAUCUUUAAGGUUUCUCACUUUCCCUUUCUUUUAAUAUAAACUUUUAUAUUGUCAUACCGGGGUACUCAAAGGGCGUGUUUGAUUCCAAGAUUUUUAAGUAUUAUUUAAAACAUGACAACCAUCGAGGAGUGCCCUGUAUUACGGCCAACAUCUUAAGAGUUCGAAAACUUCUAUGAUUACAUCGAGAAAAUAGAUAAAUAAUAUUCGCCCAACUACGGGAUGGUGAAAGUAAAUUAUAUUAUUUAAAUUAAUUCGUAGAUCAUUCCCCCAAAGAACUUCCGAAUUCGCUAGCAAGAUUACAAUAAAUCUCUUGACAAUCUUAUUAUUUAAGGUCCUAUUGAGUAGAAUGUUUACGGUAAGGGUGGCAACUAUGAAUGUUUGCACAUCUUAAAAAAGUCAAUGCCCCUCAAAGAUUAUCGAGCUAAGCAAACAGAAAUAGAUAAACAACACGAAGGACUAAAUUCAGAUCAACUUGAAAGGCUUUACUGGAAAAGUUUAGCAUUUAGUCCUCCUCUUUAUGGAGCCGAUAUAAAGCUUAGUCUUAUGGAUGUUGACAAUUCUUGGAACCUUAACCAAAUUACAAGUUUACUCAAUUUUGGACUCAAGAAUCGCAUCCCAGGAGUCAAUGAACCUUAUAUUUAUGUUGGUUCCUGGAAAACAUUUUUUGCUUGGCACAAAGAAGAUUUAGAUCUUUGCAGUGUCAAUUACCUUCACGUUGGCAAAGACAAGUAAAGACUUUAUGUAAUUAUUAUUAGGUUUUGGUAUUCAAUACCUGAAGCUGAUAGUCAUCUUCUUGAAAAAUAUGCUAAAUAGAUAUAUGGAGAUCAUUUUACUAAGUGUUCAGAAUAUUUGAGACAUAAAACAACAGUUAUAAAUCCGUAUUUGCUUAAGGAGAAAAUUCCUGAAAUUAGAAUUUCAAAAAUGGCUCAUCAUUAAGGAGAAUUUAUGUUUAUUUUUGCCGGAGCCUACCAUUAAGGAUUCAACUGUGGAUUCAACGUUGCUGAAGCAGUCAAUUUAGCCACUCUUAACUGGUUACCUUUACUCUUAGAAGCAAAAACUUGUCUAUGUGUCAAAGAUAAUGUCAAAAUUGAUUCUAUUAGUUUUGCUGAAAAUCUAAAACGUUCCAAUAAAUUUAAAGAGGAUGAAAGAGUCAAAAACUUCUUGGAAAAGACCAAAUCCAUGCAAAGCAUACUACGGAAAAACAUUAAGAAAAUUAGAGUAUGA